AUGCGGAGGAAGAGGGAAAAGAAAAAUCGUAGAUUUCGUUUGGAAAGGGAUAUCAUGGAAGGGUUGUACCAUGGAGAAGGGGUGAUAAAUAUUGAAGAUGACGAGGAAGAGAUUCAGGCCACACUUCGGGAGUCACUAAGAGACAAGAAUGUCUCUCACGCAGUUGAGAGGAGGUGUGGGAGUGGCAGUGGUGUUCGUGUGUCUCUUGGGAAACAGAGUAUCACAGCAUACUUUGACAAGGAAUUGUCAAGCAACAAAGUAUCAAUGCAGCCAAAGAUUAACACUGCUUUGAAUGUUGAGUCAAAAGAUGUACUUGGCCAAGCUUGGGCAAAGUUUUUUCAUGCUAAUGACAUUGCUGGUCUGAAAGCAAAUUGUCCCUAUUUUCGUGCGGCUGUCAAGAUAACUCAAAACCUUGGCCCAGCUCCUGUUCCAACUGCCAAGGAGAUUGAUGGGAUAUAUUUGCACAAGAAUUAUGAAGAAGCUGAGCAGUGGUUGAACAUGUUCAAGCAAGACUGGAGGAACUAUGGUGUAACUGUGAUGUGUGACUCAUGGACAGGGCCUACUGGUAUGAGUCUCAUCAAUUUCAUGGUGUAUUGCAAUGCACGGAUGUUCUUUCAUAAAUCCAUUGAUGCUUCUGGUCAAACUCAGAAGUCGGCACUUACAGGGAAUGUCAUGGGAGGUUUGGCUCAAGGUUGGCACGUUCCUCUGCAGAGAAAAUGUCACCAACUGAGUGGUGGUUCCAAUUUGGAGGGGAAGUUCCUAAUCUGCAGAAGUGUGCCUUGAGGAUUGUAUCACAAUGCGUUUCGUCAAGUGGCUGUGAGAGGAAUUGGAGCGCUUUUGCUUUGGUCCACACGAAGCAAAGAAACCGUCUUCUAUAUGGCAAGCUGCACAAGCUUGUA